UACAGGUACAAUUGGGUCAAUUCUACAAAACCUGAUCAUGAUUUACCCGUAUCUGAAGAUGAAAAUGGCCUUUUUCAGGUAAAAUAUUCUAUAAUUGGAUCUUUUUUUGGAUUUCAACAUAUGUUUGUAUUCUAUUUUAAAGCAAGAUCCAACGCUACACUGACGCAACGAAAAAUUUUGUGCAUUGUUUCUUUUGUUUUCCCUAAUCUAAUUUACAGAAUCUAAAAAUAUUCAUGGGUAUAUAAGUGUUUCAACUUCAAUACAGUAAUUAACCAUUACUUCCUUUCCUUUCUUUUAUUUUUUUUCCAACAUGAAGAUCACUAUCUUAAGUGCCGCUUUGCUUUCGUUGGGUAGUCAAUUGGCAUUUGCCGCCCCUACUGCUACCACAACUGGUUCUGCUACUGCUACCAAAUCUUACAUUCCUUCUCAUUCACCUGACUUCCCUGAAAUGGCCAAGCCUACUGAUGUUGUUAGUGAAUACAAUUAUGGUCCUUACAAUAUGAGUAAGACAUUGCCUACUUACACUUUAUCUGGCUACCCUGAAACCUGGAAGACGCCCAGUACUACUUCCAAGGAAGUUAAGGCUGCUAUUGCAAAGAUUGAUUGGUCUCUCGUUCCCAAUGCUCCUGUCAGAAAACAAAAGAAAAACGGUGACUGGGUCAAAGACACUGACGGACCCAAGGAUCCUUACUGUUGGUGGUCUGAUACCAAUUGUGUUACCCCCAAGAUUAAUAUCCCUCAAGAUUAUUAUACUUGUGGUAGAAAAGGUGAUUGGGGUCUUUCUUAUGACGAUGGGCCAUUCAACCUUUAUUAUGAUGAAAACGCAAAGACGGAAAACCGUUACGCCGAGCCUGCUUUGUACAAUUACUUGGCUGAACAUAACAACCAAAAGGCUACUCUUUUCUACAUUGGUUCCAACGUCGCUACUUACCCUGCUGCUGCCAAGAGAGCUUUUAACGAUGGCCACCAUAUCUGUGUUCACACAUGGUCUCAUCCCGUCAUGACUACCAAGAACAACCAUGAAGUUGUUGCUGAACUCUACUGGACCUUGAAGGCUAUCAAGGAAGCUACUGGUGUUACUACCAAGUGUUGGAGACCUCCUCAAGGUGAUGUUGAUGACCGUGUCCGUGCUAUUGCUUACCAAAUGGGUCUCAGAACUGUCAUUUGGGAUGAAGACACUAACGAUUGGGACAUGAAGGCUCCUGGUGGUGGUAACCUCCCUACCAGUACCGUGGAUGGCUACUUUGAAAAAUGGAUUGAGAACUACAAGUCUGGCAAAGACAAGACUGGUCACGUUGUACUUGAACACGAAUUGAACCAUGCUACUGUCAACAUGACCAUGUUCUGGUUGCCCAAGCUUCAAAAGACUUUCAACGUUGUGUCUGCCUUGGCCUGUAACAAUGUGACUCAACCUUACUGGGAUGAGCAAUAUGUUUACCCUCUCAAUAACACUGACUAG